GCAACUCGUUGUGUUUCUGUGGAGAAUUUAGGUGCCCCCAACCAAACUCAGUCGAGUAGUAGAAGUGGCUUCUCUUCUGGAAUGCGCGUGCUGGCUGUCCCCCCACCACUCGACUGCGCGCGACCGCCACCCGCCCGCCGACAGAUACAAUUGGGUCUGCUGGGAGAACGAGGAGGAAGUACGACGUUCGUUGGAUAGAGAGGGGAAUGAUGGCGCUGAGCUGGGAGAAGGGAAAACUUUGACUCGGUUAAACGGCGACGUCGUGGGCGAGCUUUCGGCGUCCACCGCCAUGAAGCGAGUCGAAGAUGCCCUCGUUGUAUGUGUUUAGCUCCGCCGGACCCAUCGCACAGCCUGUGUGGAGGUGAAGAGGGAUCCAUUCACUGCCAAAUAUUUUUGAAAUUUAACGUGAACUGAACUAAAAAAAAAAAAAAAAAGCCAAAAUGAUACAAGCUGAAAGCAAAGGAGGUGGUGAGAGGACCCUGAGGAGCGCCUCCCCCCACAGAAACGCAUACAAGUCUGACUUCCAUGCUAUCAAAUGCUCCUUUGAUGGCUCAAAAUCGGAAGGUGCUGCCAAGUCAUAUGCAAAUGGCUCCAGCGACGCCCGUGAAGACUCCCGGGGGAGGCCUUUUGGUACUAGAGUUAACAAGAUCAAGAACAUAUUUCUACAGAUGGAUGGACAGCAACAGGAGGAGCAACAAGAAGUGAAGGCAACAUUAAAGUCUGAUGUUCCUCAGGUGACUCCUCCAAAGUCCCAAGCCCCAGUCGGCUCGCACAGGGUUAACUUCAACAGCCCAACAAGCCCUGAAUCUCUCAAUUUAGAUAAACCUCCCAAAGGGGAGGAUGUGGAGAUUGAUAAAGUGUCCAUGGCAGAAAAGUUUUCCGUGACUAGGAAAAUAUUUGAGAGAGGCAUCACUGAGCAGCCUAUGGUUGAAAAGCACUCACCAAACAGAUUGGUCAAUCGUCUGUCUCUCGGAAGUGCUUCUGAUGAAGCAAAAACUACACGGAGAGCAUCUGAUUCUUCAGAAACGUUCAAAUCUGAGCAGAAUAAUACAGCGAGUCUGAGAUGUAGACCCGAUGCUGAUAAUGAAAAAAAGAAUGUGCCUAGGGUGUCUCUAAAUGCAGGGCCCAUGUCAAGAAGGCUGGGGAAUUACAUGACGGGUAAUGAUUCAGAGGAUAACAACAUGGUUGCUGCCAAAGGGGGAACGAUGACUGCUAAAUUCGACAUGACUGAACACUCAGUCCAGACCUCUCCUUCAAGAAGCAGCUCACACAAAGCAACUUCUGUUAAGGAAGCUGCUAACGUUUCACUUGGAGCUGAUAGCGAUAACAAAAAUGUGUCUAAUGUGUCAUAUGUCAAUAAAAAAGCAACAUCCUCUGGGUCGAGCAGUGGUCUUAAACCUACAUUUCCAGUUACCAACACAUCUUACAAAUCGCUUUCUCCUACAACUGAUCCAAUCCCCAAACCCCUUUCACCGGAGCAGACAACCUUAGUUAGCCAUGGCUACAAGCGACAUUCAUCAUCCGAGGAUGGAUUGUGUCAGACAUCUUUUGUCGGGGAUAAAUGUAAGCCUUGUAAUUCACCAUCAAGUGGUGAGAGGCAGCAAAUAUCUGGCUUUGAGAGCACCUACUUACCUGAAUCCACUGAGAAGGCCAAAAGUAAAAACAGUUCAGUGAAAUGUCCUAACAAAGAAAAAACACCCAACCAGACCUCCUCAAUUGACUCCAGAAGAGUCGGCAUGGUACGAGCUGAGCUUGUAGUGGUUCAGAAUGAAUCUUCAGAGAGUGAUGAGAACGAAGACAUGGAUGUUGAAGACAGUGUGUUUGUUCAGCAGAAAGAUGAAUGCCCAUCAGAUCGAACAAAAAAAGUUAAACCAGAAAAACAGAAUACUAGUCCUCCUGUUCACAGUGAAGUAAAAAGCUUCCCUGAGACACGUGGAAUUAAAGAGGAGCCUAAGGACAAAGCUGAUGAACAUGAGGAGGGAGAACUAGAGGAGCAGAGUGAAAAGACCAUUGUAAAUGGAACCCCAGUUUACGGUAUUGAGAAUGCAGCCUUUGUGGAUGACAAGGAUGUAGACCAGGUCUUAAUGGAAGAAGAAGAGGAAAUGUACAAGGAGCAUGAUGACUAUUAUGAGGCCCCGGGACUAUCUGACGAAGAGGGACCACCACCAAAAAGGAAAAUCAAGUUUUCGACAGAGCCUAUUCUGGUGUUCAGUACUUUCUCAAAUGAGGAAUAUGAUCGCCGCAACGAUGACGUGGACCCCGUUUCCGCCUCUGCUGAAUACGAGUUGGAGAAGAGAGUGGAGAAGAUGGACGUGUUCCCUGUGGAAAUUGAGAAAGGGGACAAUGGUCUAGGCAUCAGCAUCAUCGGAAUGGGGGUGGGAGCUGAUCAAGGUCUGGAGAAGCUUGGUAUUUUUGUAAAAACUAUAACGGAACAGGGAGCAGCUGAGAGGGAUGGACGAAUUCAGGUGAACGACCAGAUAGUGGAGGUGGAUGGCGUUAGUCUUGUGGGUGUCACCCAACUGUUUGCAGCAACUGUUCUCAAGAACACCAAAGGCACAGUGAGGUUCCUAAUUGGUCGAGAAAAACCAGGGACACAGAGCGAGGUAGCCCGCCUCAUUAGUGAGACCUUAGAGCAGGAGAGAAACCAUCAUCACCAGCAGCAGCAGCAGCAGCAGCAGCAACACAACCACCUAGAUGAUCCCUAUGAACACUCCACAGAAGAGGAGGAGCACUUUGAGGAUGACCACGACACAGUGAAUGAGAGAAUUCUUGGCUCCAACUUUUCUCCAGGGCAUAAAGUAGAGGUAUUCGAGUUGCCUGAUUCAGAGGCUUUGUUUAUGCCAAGUAAUAUGGACAGCUCUCAGAUGGCCUUCAAAUUUAAAGAGCUGCAGCUCAAACACAGCAUUGCAUCAGCUGAAAUUAAUCAACUGAAGGAAAAGCUUAGGGAAUCUGAGGAGGACAAAUCACUAUGGGAGGCCAGAGAGUCUGCACUGGAGCAAAAGCUUGAGGAUAGCAAUGAAAAAAUCCUCAAAUUGGAGAGUUAUUGGUUGGAAACCCAGGCACUGUGCAAGACCAUUAAUGAACAGUUAGCAGAAACCCAAGCCCAGUAUGAGACGUUGGACAAGAAGUACAACAAGGCAAAGAAACUUCUCAAAGACUACCAACAGAAAGAGAUAGACUUUGUGAAAAAAGAGGAAGAGCUGAAGAAGAGUAUAGAUGAAAAAGAAAGAUUAUACAAAGAACAGCUGGAGAUCUUGCAGAAUAGGAUAGUUGACUUGAUGUCUGGGGGGACUUCAGGAAAUGAGCUUCAGAACUCACCAGAAGAUCACCUUUGCUUUGAAGUCACAUCCACAGAUCAAAAGUCGGUGGAUUCACUUGAAGUUAGAAAGGAGAAAGACUGGAAUGAGCUGGUCCCUGAGACGGAGCUGUUGGAUACCAGUGCACACAAAGCAAAAGGCCUGCUGGCGCAGAAGGCCAAACGUCAGCGUCCUUCUCGAAACAAAUUGAAGGAGAGUCUCACAGUGUCCUCGGGGUACACAGAGGAAACUGAGGAGGAGGAUGAACAGGAGGAUCAGGAGCCUCUAAGAAGGAGCUCCAUACAAGAAAGCCUUUCCCUCCCAGUGCCUGUCUGCUAUCCCGUGAAUGAACAAAAAGAUGAUCCAGAUGAGUUGAUGAGUAAGGCUGAGCUCUCAAACAGCCCACCUUUGUCACUAUCACAGGGGGGCAGUCUUGAAAGCAGUGGAAGUCCAUCUUUGUCCCCUCUAAAUGAUGCCUCAAUACCAGUGUCCCCCUCUGGAUUUAUGCGCAGUGUCAAAAAGAGAGAGUCCAAAGUCAAAGAAAAAGUGCCCAAAGAGGAGAUAAUUGAACCGACAUCAGCUACAAAACCUAAAAGACGAUUUCCUGACUUUGGGGGCCUUCGCAAGUCUGGUGGCAAAGGAAGGAAACAUGACAAGGAGGCAAUGAGAAUGUCUUUGGACAGCAGGGGAUCAGCAGAGUUACUGGAAGACUCUGGUGGUAACCUGUCUCCUGCAGAUUCCAUGACCUCCAUCCCAACCUGUAUGCCCUUCUCGUGGUUCGGAGACAAAGAUAAGGACCGAGACAGGGAGCCGUCUUCUUCUAGCAGCAGCCUGCCGUAUGCUGAGAGCAGCACUGAGCAAAUCCAGGAUCGCAAGAACAAGACAAAUCUCUCCUGGUCCUCUUUAUUCAGUCGCUCAUUAGAUUUGAGUUUGUCAGUCAUAGAUGAUUGUAACCCUGCCAGUCCCAGUUCAGACAUCUCUGGGUUAGUCGCUGAACCCAUUCUGUCUGGGCGCUCACACACUUUAAUCUUCUCUUCCAGCGAGACUUUGGACGAUGAGCCAGUGACCACAGGAAAAGAAUAUCAAUGGCAGAACCGUCCUGUCUCUGAAUGGACCAAUCAACAGGUGUGUCACUGGUUAAUGGGCAUGAACAUGGAGCAGUACACGGCUGAAUUUACAGCCAAGGGAAUCGACGGGCAGCAACUUAUGCAUAUGGACAGUGACAAGUUAAAGGCGCUCAGUGUGUCCAGUCAGAGCGACCGAUCCACCAUCAAGAAAAAGCUCAAGGAAAUGCGCAAGGCCCAGGAGAAGCUGGAGAAGCAACGAGAAAAACGAGAAAAAGAGAUCCGCCGUAGUGGACGGCUUCCGGUCAGUACCGAUUCUGUGUGCUGAACCAGUCUACGCAGCUCACAAAGACAUUGACAAAGUUGCUGUUGUCUCACACCGUUAAGUGCCCACACUGAGCGGACUAAGGUGCCGCUUGUGAUUUUAGUUCAUACUUUAGCGCCUGACCUUCCUGUCGCAUUAAGCGCCAACUCGUCAUUUUUGUGAGAUUGGAAAUCUCAGUGUUGUGGGUUUACCCAGAAGGCCUCUGAAUUAUUAUUUUUUUUUUUUUACCACUAUCGUGCUACAAGUGAUAAUUAUAAAGUAUGUUUUCAGACAUGAUAUGCACAUUUUUUUAAUAUACUGAAAUCCAAUGUGUACUGUUAUGGAAACGCGAUAUUUUUGCUAGUUAUAACAUUGCUGUUUUAUGUUCACUUUGUAUUGUACAGAGGAGUCAAAAGCACUAUUUGUCUUUUAAGCUUCCGUGAACGACAAGGUUUUAAAUGUAUAAAUGCGUUUAUACAUGUGCCAACUAUCUGCAUUACUUUUUCAUUUAAAUAUUGUUUUAUAGACUCUAAUGUUUUCUACUAAGUAGAAUAGUUAUCCCAAAUUAAGGACUGUGCAAGCUCUGCUUCUUCUGUCAACUAAUGUGUAAAUGUUGUGUCAGAAUCAUAAUGGUCCAUGGAGGGGGAAAAAAAAAAAAAAACUGGUCCGCUGGACGGUAAACACGUGCCUGGGAUGACACUGUAGGAAUGACUGUUAACAGCUAAGCCGAAGUGCUUCCUCUUCAGUACACUCUUGUAUGAAAAGGAGAGAAAAUUGUUGCUCUUAUCUUCAGAAUAAGACAAAGUCCUAAUACAGACAUCAAAUUAAAAAAUGUAACUAUGA